AUGGCUUUCUUCCCUUGCUCUUCUAGUGGCUUCUCGCCCUUGUUCCACCUACUCGAUGAUUACGAUGUGCAUCGAUCCAGAAGCCCCAAGAGCCGAGUGAGACCCGUCCGCUCGUUCAGUCCUCGUUUCGACGUCUACGAGCAGGAUGGCAGCUAUCAUCUGGACGGCGAACUGCCGGGCGUUGACCAGAACAACAUCGAUAUCGAAUUCACCGACCCUCACACCCUAGUCAUCAAGGGUCAGGUCGAACGGCAGUACAAUGACACAGCAUCCGACGCCAACGAAAGCGUCGAUGAGCCUGCCGAUGACACCUCCUCCAACAAGUCCCUUCAGCCCACAGUUGAAGACGAAGACGAACUGAACUCCUCAGCGACCCCUGAAUCCACGGCAUCCACUUCUCAUCCAGCAGCCGCACCAAGCAAGCCCGGCUCUACCUACAAAUACUGGGCGUCGGAGCGCUCCAUUGGUCAAUUUCAACGAACGUUCUCAUUCCCAACCCGGGUGGAUCAAGAAACAGUCAGGGCAAGCUUGAGAAACGGAAUUCUUUCAGUCAUUGUUCCCAAGGAGCCCGCUCCUAAGUUGAAGAAGAUCCGGGUCGAGUAA